AACGCAUCCCUGCUGCUGCGGGACCUGCGGCUCAGUGACAGCGGGGUGUACACUGUCAGCCUCCAGCACCAAAGACAAAUCAGGCACAUCGCCCUGACCGUGCUCGUGCAGCCUGUCCCCACAGAUCCUACCAGCAAAGGCACUUCUCAACCAGCAGGAAGAAUAGCCACACGCAUCCCUUGCUGCAUCCUCGGAGGCUGCUACUGCUUCAUCCUGCUGCUCCUGCAGCUGCUCUUCCACCUGUGCUGGCUGCGGGGCAGCCGUGGGGAAGCCUGCGGCUGCUGCUGGGGAGAAGGGAGCCAGCGUGCGGGAGCAGCCAGGGCCGGGGCACAAUGAAGUGCCCAGAGUGGGGGGGGGCACAGGGGACACCCCACAGCCCCCUCUGUCCCCGCAGCCCCAAAGCGUGCAGGUGGCACAGGAAGGAGCCGGGGCUCGCCCGCCCGCCCGCAGCGAACCCCACGGCGCCGAGGGGCUGAGCGAGAGCCUCCGACUUCCUCCUGGCCCAGGCGAGCGCAGCAGCCGCAGGCGAUGUGUCCCGGCCGGCGCUGCUGGGGCCUCGGCUCCCUCCUGCUGCUGCUGCUGCUGCUCGGGCGAAACCUGGGCUUUCUCCUGGAAAUCCCGCAGGAUGCAGUCACUGGCACCGUGGGGCAGUCCGUGCUCCUGCCCGUCUCCUACAGAUGCAACAGCACCUCUUGCUUCCCGGUGGCAAUUCAGUGGCUGUUUAGUCACCCCUUAGAAACAAUCAUCGCCUGCACAGUGCAGAACUGCUCCCUGGAUGAUGGGGGGGCUCCCAAGAACUGCUACAAAAAAUGUUACCCCAAUCCUACACAUUCAGGCCGUGUUGUGCUCUUCCCCGAGAACGCAUCCCUGCUGCUGCGGGACCUGCGGCUCAGUGACAGCGGGGUGUACACCGUCAGCUUCCAGCACCAAAUACAGAUCAGGCACAUCACCCUGACCGUGCUCCAGCAGCCUGUCCCCACAGAUCCUACCAGCGAAGGGCAAAACCUGGGCUUCCUCCUGGAAAUCCCGCAGGAUGCAGUCACUGGCACCGUGGGGCAGUCCGUGCUCCUGCCCGUCUCCUACAGAUGCAACAGCACCCCUUGCUUCCCACUGUCAAUUAGGUGGAUAUUUGGUCACACCUCACAAGUAAUCAUCGCCUGCACAGUGCACAACUGCUCCCUGGAUGAUGGCGGGGCUCCCAAGAACUGCUCCACAACCUGUUUCCCCCAUCCUGCACAUUGGGGCCGUGUUGUGCUCUUCCCCGAGAACGCAUCCCUGCUGCUGCGGGACCUGUGGCUCAGUGACAGCGGGGUGUACACCGUCAGCCUCCAGCACCAAAGACAAAGCAGGAACAUCACCCUGACCGUGCUCGAGCAGCCUGUCCCCACAGAUCCUACCAGCAAAGGGAGAAACCUGGGCUUCCUCCUGGAAAUCCCGCAGGAUGCAGUCACUGGCACCGUGGGGCAGUCCGUGCUCCUGCCCGUCUCCUACAGAUGCAACAGCACCCCUUGCUUCCCAGUGGCAAUUCAGUGGCUGUUUAGUCACCCCAUAGAAAGAAUCAUUGCCUGCACAGUGCAGAACUGCUCCCUGGGUGAUGGGGGGGCUCCCAAGAACUGCUCCACAAACUGUUACUCCUAUCGUACACACUGGGGCCGUGUUGAGCUCUUCCCCGAGAACGCAUCCCUGCUGCUGCGGGACCUGCGGCUCAGUGACAGCGGGGUGUACACCGUCAGCUUCCUACAGAACCAAAGACAAAUCAGGCACAUCACCCUGACCGUGCUCGAGCAGCCUGUCCCCACAGAGCCUACCAGGGAAGGCACUUCUCAACCAGCAGGAAGAAUAGCCACACGCAUCCCUUGCUGCAUCCUCAGAGGCUGCUACUGCUUCAUCCUGCUGCUCCUGCAGCUGCUCUUCCACCUGUGCUGGCUGCGGGGCAGCCGUGGGGAAGCCUGCGGCUGCUGCUGGGGAGAAGGGAGCCAGCGUGCGGGAGCAGCCAGGGCCGGGGCACAAUGAAGUGCCCGCAGUGCCCGGCCACAAGGAAGGCGCUCAGCUGCUGCCUCGGGGCUGCUUUUCCCUCUGGCACCUGCCCCUCUGCUGGACAAACCGGGCUCCCGGCCCCUGCCUGCCCCCAGUGCACAACCACUCCCCACGCUCACAUACCCCUGCUGUGAAAUUCCUGCUCCCAAUUCAAACACCAAAUAAACACCUUUCCUCUGGCC